AGGAUCACAUGUUGAAUGGUGUAAACAGCUUAUAGCUGCUACAAUUUCUAGUCAGAUUUCAGGUUCAGUGACAUCAGAAAAUGUAUCCAGAGAUUACAAGGUUUUCAGGAGGCCUGAUAUAAGGGCUCUAAGGGAUGGAAAUAAGCUGGCACAGAUGGAAGAGGCUCCACUUUUUCCAGGAGAAUCAAUUAAAGCCAUUGUGAAAGAUGUCAUGUAUAUCUGUCCAGUUAUGGGAGCAGUGAGUGGAACCCUGACAGUGACAGACUUUAAGCUGUACUUCAAAAAUGUCGAGAGGGACCCACAUUUUAUCCUUGAUGUUCCCCUUGGAGUGAUCAGCAGAGUUGAGAAGAUUGGAGCACAGAGCCAUGGAGACAAUUCCUGUGGUAUAGAGAUAGUGUGCAAGGAUAUGAGGAACUUGCGGCUUGCUUAUAAACAGGAAGAACAGAGUAAACUAGGGAUAUUUGAAAACCUCAACAAACAUGCAUUUCCUCUUUCUAAUGGACAGGCACUAUUUGCAUUCAGCUAUAAAGAAAAAUUUCCAAUUAAUGGCUGGAAAGUUUAUGAUCCAGUAUCUGAAUAUAAGAGGCAGGGUUUGCCAAAUGAGAGUUGGAAAAUAUCCAAAAUAAACAGUAAUUAUGAGUUCUGUGACACCUACCCUGCCAUCAUUGUUGUGCCAACUAGUGUAAAAGACGAUGACCUUUCAAAAGUGGCAGCUUUUCGAGCAAAAGGCAGAGUCCCUGUGUUGUCAUGGAUUCAUCCGGAAAGUCAAGCAACAAUUACCCGUUGCAGCCAGCCACUUGUGGGUCCCAAUGAUAAGCGCUGCAAAGAGGAUGAAAAAUAUUUGCAAACAAUAAUGGAUGCUAACGCACAGUCACACAAGCUUAUCAUUUUUGAUGCUCGACAAAACAGUGUCGCUGAUACCAACAAGACAAAGGGUGGAGGAUAUGAAAGUGAAAGUGCUUACCCAAACGCAGAACUUGUGUUCUUGGAGAUCCACAACAUUCAUGUCAUGCGAGAGUCACUACGCAAAUUAAAAGAGAUUGUGUACCCUUCAAUCGAUGAGGCACGGUGGCUCUCCAAUGUGGAUGGGACGCAUUGGCUGGAAUAUAUAAGGAUGCUGCUUGCUGGGGCAGUAAGAAUUGCUGAUAAAAUAGAAUCCGGGAAAACAUCUGUGGUGGUGCAUUGCAGCGAUGGUUGGGACCGAACAGCCCAGCUCACAUCUCUGGCUAUGCUAAUGUUGGACAGUUACUACAGGACCAUUAAAGGAUUUGAAACUCUCGUAGAAAAGGAGUGGAUAAGCUUUGGACACAGGUUUGCACUGCGAGUGGGCCAUGGUAAUGACAACCAUGCUGAUGCUGACCGAUCUCCUAUAUUUUUGCAGUUUAUUGAUUGUGUUUGGCAAAUGACAAGACAGUUUCCUUCAGCAUUCGAGUUUAAUGAGCUAUUCUUGAUUACAAUUUUGGAUCACCUUUAUAGCUGUCUUUUUGGGACCUUUUUGUGCAACUGUGAACAGCAGCGAUUCAAAGACGAUGUAUAUACAAAGACGAUAUCUUUAUGGUCGUAUAUCAAUAGCCAGCUAGAUGAGUUUUCUAAUCCCUUCUUUGUGAAUUAUGAAAACCAUGUGUUAUAUCCUGUUGCUAGUCUGAGUCAUUUGGAAUUGUGGGUAAACUAUUAUGUACGAUGGAAUCCACGGAAGAGACCUCAGGUAUCUUUUUGUUUUUCUUUUCAUGAAUGAGAGAGUAUGCUUUUUUUUCCAAGUAAAGA